CGCGAUGCCGGCGGCGGGGCGCGGGCAGCCCGCCUCCUGGCUCCUGGUGCUGGGCGCCGCCGCCCCCGCCCUCUGGCUGCGCUGCGUCCUCGCCGACUUCACCUUGGACAACGAGGUGCACUCCAGCUUCAUCCACCGGCGGCUGCGCGGCCCCGAGCGCCGCGAGAUGCAGCGGGAGAUCCUCUCCAUCCUCGGCCUGCCGCACCGCCCGCGGCCCCACCUCCACGGCAAGCACAACUCGGCCCCCAUGUUCAUGCUGGACCUCUACAAUGCCAUGUCGGUGGAGGAGGGGGCGGCGGGGGCCGCCGCCGAGGACGGAGAGGGCUUCUCCUACCCCUACAAGCCCCUCUUCAGCACGCAGGGGCCGCCGCUGGCCAGCCUGCAGGACAGCAACUUCCUCACCGAGGCUGACAUGGUCAUGAGCUUCGUCAACCUGGUGGAGCAUGACCGCGAGUUUCACCAUCAGCGCUGCCACUACCGCGAGUUCAGGUUCGAUCUCUCCAGAAUCCCGGAGGGGGAAGCGGUGACCGCUGCCGAGUUCAGGAUAUACAAGGAUUAUAUCCGCGAGCGCUUUGAUAACGAGACGUUCCAGAUUAGCGUCUACCAGGUUCUCCAGGAGCACCCGGGAAGAGAUUCAGAUUUGUUCCUGCUUGACUCUCGAACAAUCUGGGCUGCAGAAGAAGGGUGGCUUGUGUUUGAUAUUACUGCAACCAGUAAUCACUGGGUGGUGAAUCCACAGCAUAACCUGGGCCUACAGCUCUCCGUAGAAAGCAUAGAUGGACAAAGCAUCAAUCCCAAACUGGCUGGUCUCAUCGGGCGGCACGGCCCGCAGAACAAGCAGCCCUUCACGGUGGCCUUCUUCAAAGCCACCGAGGUCCAUCUCCGCAGCAUUCGCUCCACCGGCGGCAAGCAGCGGAGCCAGAACCGAUCGAAAACGCCAAAGAACCAGGAAGCUUUCCGGGUCUCCAACGUGGCAGAGGCAAGUCCUCUCUGUCCUGCCGUGCACACCGGCGUGCGGCGGGGCCUCACCAUGCUUCCUCCCGCCCGUGCAGAGAACAGCAGCAGCGACCAGCGGCAGGCCUGCAAGAAGCACGAGCUCUACGUCAGCUUCAGGGACCUGGGGUGGCAGGACUGGAUCAUUGCUCCAGAGGGCUACGCUGCCUAUUACUGUGAAGGAGAAUGUGCUUUCCCGUUGAAUUCGUACAUGAAUGCUACAAAUCACGCCAUUGUACAGACACUGGUUCACUUUAUAAACCCGGAGACUGUGCCGAAACCCUGCUGUGCUCCUACACAACUCAAUGCCAUCUCAGUGCUCUAUUUUGAUGACAGCUCCAAUGUUAUCUUAAAAAAAUACAGGAACAUGGUGGUACGAGCAUGCGGCUGUCAUUAGAUUUGUAGGAAAGGGGGGGGAAAGUUGUUUGUAAAGAAUGUUUUUUUGUAUGGAUAUGUGGGGGAGGGGGAAAAGGUUAGAACUCCAGCAGUGGACUUAAAUCCCAAACAGUUUUUAGGACUCUGCUUCUGAAUGUUCAGACAAUGGAACAGUUUCUGGAUCUGAGUGGCAUUUGAACACAUUUUGUUUCAGUUUGUUAUAGACAAUGAGCUUGUAAACUGAAACAAGCCAGAGAAACCAUUUAAAAACAAAUCUGCCUUAAAAAUUGGCUCCUACAAUACAUACUUCUGCAAACGAGUCUUUCUGAAGAUUGCAAACUCACCAGUAUCCGUUUUGAAUUAAAAAAGAAUAAUCUAUCCAAGGUGAGAAUGUGGUGUGACUAAUAAGCAUGUGUAGUUCCUGUAACACACUGUUUGCAAUAAAAUCAGUGAACAAAAUA